GCAAAGAACGACACGACACGACACUAUUACGUUUAAUUUAAUCAAUCUUUUAAUAUAAAGACUGACAUUUUUGACCCAAAAAAUACUCCUAACAAAACUAGCACAAUUUGAAGCGAACUCUUAGUGCAAAAUAUGGCUAUUGGAACAAUGCUCUCUGCAUUCAGAAAAAAUUCUAUCACUUCACGUAUAACCCCUUUUCGAUCUCUUAGUACAUUGGUUUUAGCUGAACAUGAAGGAGGAUCAAUCAAAACCUCAUCAUUAAGUGCUGUGGAGGCUGCAAAAUCGUUAGGCGAGGACAAUUCGAUAUCGUUGCUUCUUGCUGGAUCUGGUCAUUCCCUGAAGGAAGCUGCGGAACAUGCUGCAUCAUCCCACCCUUCCGUUUCUCAGGUAACUCCCGUUUCUCAGGUCCUUAUUGCUGAUUCUGACAAAUUUACAUACCCUUUGGCGGAACCAUGGGCCAAAUUAGUCCAUCUUGUUCAGCAGAGUAGUGGCUAUUCUCACAUAAUUGCUGCAUCAGGUUCAUUUGGGAAAAACAUAUUGCCGCGUGCAGCAGCUCUUCUGGACAUUUCUCCAAUUACUGAUAUCACAAAGAUUUCUGGAUCAAACCUCUUUAUUAGGCCAAUAUAUGCAGGAAAUGCUCUUUCCACUGUUCGUUACACAGGUUCCAGCCCAUGUAUGUUGAGCAUUAGAGCUACAUCUUUUCCUGUUGCUUCAGAACCAGCUGAUUUGAAAUCUAAUGCUGCCUCAAUAGAUCAGGUUGAUCUUUCAACCUUGGAUGAAGAUGAUGCAGUUGGUAAGUCAGCAUAUGUAAAGCUUUCCUCCCAAAUUUCGGAGCGCCCAGAUCUUGGAAAUGCACGUAUUGUAGUUACUGGUGGACGAGGUGUAAAGAGUGCUGAGAACUUCAAAAUGAUAGAUAAGCUUGCAGAGAAAAUCGGUGCCGCAGUUGGUGCCACUCGUGCUGCAGUGGAUGCUGGAUUUGUUCCCAAUGACCUCCAGGUUGGCCAAACUGGGAAAAUUGUUGCCCCAGAAUUAUAUAUGGCAUUUGGUGUUUCUGGAGCAAUUCAACACAUAGCAGGCAUGAGAGAUUCCAAGGUCAUUGUUGCUGUAAAUAAAGAUGCAGAUGCCCCCAUAUUCCAGGUCGCAGAUUAUGGACUUGUGGGUGAUCUUUUCGACAUCAUUCCAGAGUUAUUAGAGAAACUUCCUGAGAAAAAGUAGAAAAAAUUACCAGUCAGUGUGUUCCUUUGUGAGCUUAGUAAAUUCAGGAAGGUCAAUUUCCCUUCAAUAAGAUGAAAAUGAUGUAUGUGCUGGAUGAUAUUUGUUAUCCAGGAAUAACAUAUAUACUAAUAUCAUUUAUUAUUAUUUCAAUUUUCAACUUUAUUCAAA